AGCUCUUAUCUGAAUUGAUCAGACAUUUGCCUCUGAAUAGUUAAGCAAUAUACUAGCUCUUAAUGGUUCAGACCUCUUACUGGUUCAGCACUUAAUGGUUCAGACCUCUUACUGGUUCAGCACUUACCUAUUCAGAAGUUACCAAACAGCCUCUUAUACUCGGUAGGAACAUUACACUACUACGGAGGAUCUCUUUUUAGACCGGAAUCGGUAAAACAAAUUACGCAGUAAUACGCACGCACAUACGCAAAAUUCAACAAUUGGGGUAAUACUCCGUAUAUAAAUUGACUGUUUAACUAAUGAAGCCCUCGCAGGAUGAAAUAUACGUAUAUCUCACCUGAUUCAACUGAGCUGCUGCUGCAACUUGGCGGCCGGCCGGCGGCUCAUGCCGCCGCAGAUGAUGGUGGUAAUAAAGGUUUUGGAAAGGCUAUUUUGGCAGGGUCUGGGUGGCUGCUCAUCGUUCUUCUGGUCUUGAUAUGUUAUUGUAUAAAUCGUCGCAAUAAAGUAGGCGACGACAGCGGACUCGCCACACCGCCGGCAGAAAAGCCCUAGCUCGCUUGCGCACACCAAAAUGAUAGAAAUCUCUCUCUCUUUUCUUAUUUUCAUUUGUCCCUUUUUUUUUCUAUUGCUAAUAAUUUACUAAUCACAUU